GUGGUGAGCACAUGGAGCUGUUCGGCCGGCACUUGAAUAUAAAAUAAGAUGUUGCUGGUACAGAGGGAUACAUCAACAACGCUAGCACAGCACCGGGGCUUGGCGCAGCAAGGGGGGAGGGAGCAAGAACAAAGCUUGCUGGUUGAGAUGGGGCGGAGAUCUAGGAACUACUCGGCUGCAGCUCAACCGGAUCUUGCUUCUUGCUCUUCAAUGGCUGCUGCCAAGAAGAUGCCCGUCCUGAACACCCCCUACAAUGCCGGUAUGAUCCAAACGAUUGCCGGGGAGUGGAACCCCAACAUCAUGUCUGUUUUCGCGGGGGUAGGGAUGGAGCAGUUUUGCAAGCUCAAGGCUUUAGGCAAUAAUAAUCGCAUAUUUUCCAUGUCCCUGCUCGCUAGGAUAGAUCCUAAAACUAUGAAGAUGGACAUGGGGGACGGAAACUUUGUUGUGAUUGACUCUAGGGAGGUAGCAAAAUGCAUAGGAUUGAACCCUAGCGGGAAAAAGAUCGAUAUCCGGGCUGGUGCUUGCUUGCCAGACCGGGAAGAGUUACUAGGGAAGUUUCAUGCCAUCUUAGAGACUGGCAUGCCCAAAACAUGCAAGAUUCCAAUUGUGAGAGUUAAAAAGAUAGUGCAAAACACUAGCAAAGUAGCAAUCGUGGGGGCGGAGAGAGAGAGAGAGAAAAUGAUGGCCGCGUGCACAAUCCUCGCAGCAUCCACAUUUCUUCUUCCUAGAGGAGCCCAUCCGAAGAUUUCGAAUGAGCUGUUGCCUGUUCUUGCUGAGCCGAACAAAAUAUCGGAAUAUGAUUUGUGUGACUACGUGGUGGAGGGGUUGAGAGAGGCUGCAGCAAAACUGAGGGAUGAUUUGUUGCAUGACCCAUCUCAGCUUUCUCUUCAGGGGUGCCUCCUUGUUCCUCAGAUCAUCUUCUGUGACUACCAUGAGCAUGGCAUGGAAGGGCGUGAGCAGCUACCACUUCCUCGGAUGGCGUCGUACUCCGAUCUGUUGAUGAAGCUUCAGAUACGCAAGCACGCAACCAAGAACGGAGUGGAUGCAGGCUUCGAGGUAUCUGAUGUCCCCUGAUCGCCGGCAAUUAAUGUGCCGUCCGGGAGUGCACCGCCUGCGUAUUCUUGGACCACCCCAAGCCCUGGUGUGUGCGCCGCCCAGCCUGGAUUUGCUGUGGCCCAUGGGACAGAGAUACCUGCGCAGAUUCUGGCUGCACUUAAGGAGGCAGUGGCACAUCAGUUCAAGAAAAGGGAGGAGGAGUUCUUGAAGAUGGUGGACGAUGCCAAGGAGAAGGUGCUGGCGGAAAUACGGUGCAAGACGGAAGCCAAACGACAGAGAGAACUAGAAGACACACUAGAGGAUUUCAUGGACAGGGUGAAGAGGCAGGCUCCAAUGGCGGUGGCGUUCCCCAACGUCACACCGUCUUCUCAUGUGCCAAGAAGCAAAAUAGAUAUCGUGCAAGACCUAGCUACUACUUCACGUGAAGCUGCUCAAUCUCUGAUGGUUGCUGUGGUCCGUAACGAGGAAACACGUAGCCCCCCAGUUUUUGAUGCCAGCUGGGGAAACAGGUAUUUCACUAGCCUCUGGAAGCAAGAACCAUAACGUGCAUGUGCCUCCGAUGGAGCAUGGAAAAGGUAUACAAUUGAUUAGAAACCAUUCUUAAUUAGCCGCGUCGUCCGUUGGAUCUUCAUACCUGUACUAAUUAUGUUGAAAAUAUGCCCUAGAGGCAAUAAUAAAAACAUUAUUAUUAUAUUUUCUUGUUCAUGAUAAUUGUCUU